AUGGCAGAAUAUAUUCUUAUUACUGAAUAUAGGUUAGCAAUAUUGAUUAACAAUGUAUAUAUUAUGUCACGAGAGGGCAUUUGGAUCCCAACAAACAUUCCCGAAUUAUGGUUGAUACCAACGAAUUUCUCACGCAUAUAUCGUAUGAUGACGCAACAACAAAUUUCUAAUUUAAGCGCAAUCAGCAAUUCUAAUAGUAACCCCAUUGAACAAGAAACGGGAAGAUCUAGGUUUUUGAAAAUCCAUAAUUUGCUUAACUAA